GUUGAUUGAGAGUGUUUGCCCUCAUUCCUUUUUUUGCGUCCUUUGCCCUUUGUACAGCUGAAUCAUAUGAAUCCUUAUGCUGUGUUUGCACAGUGAUCCUCGUGUGCGUGUGAUGCUGCUGUGAUAAAAUUAGUUAUCUUUCUUCCUUGUUACAUCAUGUCUCUUCUUCAGCAUCUUGAUGGAUUAUUUCCAGGCAGGGGAUUUUACUUACAGGAAGGAAAUGAACUACCAAGCUUCUCUCAGUGGCCUUGAAAACCCUGACUGAAGCACUCGAAACUAGUCUGCACUUAAAACUCUUCAGUUUACAAUUUACGGGAUUACAAAGCCAACUUGUGCUGGCCUGACUGUUAAUUGCACAAAUAGAGCAAUUUUAAGUGCCCCUAUGCGUCAACGUCCCAUACUGCUUAAAAGGAUGAGUGGAGAUUCUAACAGAGAUCUGGAUAAAAACUAUGGCAAGCUUCAUUAAAAAAUUCAGUGUCAGCUCUCCUGACUCAACAGUAUCUUCCCUUCUAGCAAGCUACAGCAUUGACAACAGUAAUCCAUACUCAAACAGUGUGAUUCACUACAAGGACAAGCUUUACAGCUCUGCAUCUGAGGCUCUGGAGGCAUAUAUUGAAGAUUUUGAUCUAAGUCUCAUGUCUUCAGAAAUAAGCACUGGAAAAAUCUGCAUAAGUCAAAGCACUCCCAAACAUACUGAGUUUUCAAAACAUCGUACCAAAGAAAGAUAUGUGUUCGAGGAUUUCGAUGAGCAUGCAGGAUUAGGUUCUAUUGCUUCACCCUGCAGAAGGAGGACUGAGUGUGACCUGGACUUGAUUAGUCUCACGACAGAUGACCUAUUAACAUUUCCAGCAGAUGGAUCUCGGCCCUUUGUCCAGCGCAGUCAUUUUAAAUCAAGGCAUCAAAGUAGUGAAUGGAAUAGGUGGUCACUUAAAAAGUCUACUUUCUACCCGUACCAAACCUCAUCGCUUCAUAUUGAAAAGGAUUUCUGUCUUCAAGAGAAUGACAAAUCUGUUGCUAAUCAGAAGCUACACAAAAACUUCAGCAAAAAGAAGCACAGCGUAGGUACAUCUCAUAGGUACAAUUCUGUCUCUUCUAAAGAAAAUCCAAGAGCCUUGUCUUUUGAAGAGAACUCUAGUGCUUUUCCUGUUAAGAAUUACCCAAGAUGGCUUACUAGUGGGAAGUCUAACUUAAGUGUCUCAGGGAUAAGUAGUAUUCCAAAUUUUCACUACCCAAUCUGGCUUGGCAGUCAUAACCUUUUUUCUGAUUCAGCUAGUGAAAGUGAUGGUCAAACUUUUAAUAUACGACGUGAAGCUUCCUCUUCACAAACUUCUAAGAUCCUGAAAAUGAGACAGUCCAUGGAUAAAGACAAUUCUGAUUUUUUUUUUGAACAUAAUGGUUGCCUGGAUCUAACAGGUGACAACGAAGUAGCAGAAAGUUGCAACUAUGACAGUCCAGACUCAUGCUUCCAAUUUGUUGACUCCUUUUCAAGACACACAAAACGGCCAUUCAGAGAAGACCAACUUGAGCUUAUGUUGGAGGCUGAGAAAUCUCUGGAGACUUCAACUGAAGAUUUGUCGAAUGUCCUGAAAAAUGAUGACAGUCCUUCUACAAUAGAUAUACUAGAAGCAGAACGAUCAUGGGAAAAUAUUCCAGUUGCUUUCAAAUCACCAGUGCCUGUAUGCUGUGAGGACGAGGAGAAUACUCUACCAUUCCCCAAGGCAGAUAUUGUUCAUGACUUCCUAGAAGACUGUAUAAAUGAGAAAAAUAAGGAAAAUACCUUUUCUGGAGGUAAUCAUCACGGACCAACUGAAACUUUAAAGCUAAUGUUAUUUAACCUUCAAGCAGUUCAUGAAAGUUUAAACCAGAAUAAAAUUGCUGAGGAAAAGGAAGAGUUUGAAAAACUUUCUGAAAAAGCAGAUGCUGAAUUAGAACUGUGCGACAGUGAGAUGAUCCCUGUUACUAAUUCUCUUCAGAAGGCUUUACACCAUUUGUCUCGUCUUAAAAGUCUUGUUGAAGAUACCAGUAGCAAGCAGGAGCAAACCGAUGAUCACCAAGAAGAUAAACAAGAAGAAAAAAUGAGUGAUCUGUGAAGCUGAUAUCUAGGAAUCUUUUAAUACUGUGUAAUUUAAAUAAUGUGAUGGACUGUCCUUUGGUCAGAAUCUUUCUUGGAAGCUGUAUCAGCACAUGUUCUCGGAAAGUAUUACUCAGUAUUUCAAUACCUAUUCAUUAUUGUUCAUGCAUUACUUCAAAGCUUAAUUAUUUGUGGUUCCAGUAGGAUCUAAUGACAUGUGAUGAGAGAGAUCAUUUUAGGAAUGUUUAAAGUAAUGUGAAUGCUUUCAUGGAAGAAGCUCUGUGUCUUUAUAAAAAUAAAAACGCUAAAUAUUAAA